UAACCUGCUCCAAGGGGUCCUUAACCUGCUCCAAGGGGUGCUGCUUGCAGCAUCUGAGGUGUGUGUCAUGCUAGGGAGGUUGGGAAAUCGAAAAACAGACAGCAAAAAGAAGAGUUGUAAGUAAAUCAACAUGUCAAUCAGACAUUAGUACCGGUCGAAACAAAAUUGUACAAGCACAAGAGACAAUGAGGUUGCUGGACCUAGAACUCACCCUUAAUCAAAACAGUCAUUCAAUUACUUAAUAGAUGAUACACACCCACAAUCACAUGUUCUGAAAGUGUGUGUGCCCGUCCGCUCGGGCGUGUCAGUCAACACAAAAAGGCCAGUGUCAACCAGACCCAAUCCCCCCCCUGCACACACCGGGCCCAUUGUCAACACAUCCGUCCAUUGAAGUGAUGUAAUGGUCUGGUACUAGGAGGGAAGAGGCGUACAGACCCCAUGGCAUUAAGAAUAGACAGGCGUGACGGAGUGAGCUAGCAUCAUCACCUUUCAGUGGAAUAACAACCUUAAAUCAACAUGAUAACUGCCAGGCUCAUACUCCUACUGGGUAUCGUGGGCAUCACCUCAGCCAAUAAAGUUGGCCUGGGUGGAAAGGUGCUGGUCUUCCCGUAUGAGACGGACUUCAGCUUCGUGGCGCUCAUCCCCCAAAAGGAGAUGGGCCUGCGGGCGUUCACGCUGUGCAUGCGCGUGGCCACCGAGCUGGAGGGCGAGCGGCAGAUCAUCCUGUUCGCCUACCGCACGCCCGACUACGACGAGCUUAACGUGUGGCGCGAGAAAGACGGCCGCAUUGCCUUCUACCUGAGUGGCGACGGCGCCUUCUUCCACCUGCCGCCCAUCACCACAUUCAGAACAAGUCUCUGCCUCACCUGGGAGUCCCUUACCGGGCUGGCUGCCUUUUGGGUGGACGGCCGCCGCAGCACCUACCAGGUGUACAAGCCGGGCCACACCAUCCGGCCCAAGGGGACCGUCCUCCUCGGGCAAGACCCGGACAAACACCUGGGAGACCUGGAGGCAGUGCAGAGCUUUGUGGGGGAAGUGACUGACCUCAACAUGUGGGACUAUGUGCUGCCCAGAAGCCAGAUCCAAGCCCUGCAUUACGAACAUAAGAUCUCCAAAGGAAACAUCUUUGACUGGGCUACCAUCGAGUACCAGCUGAACGGGAAUGUGAUGGUGGUGGAUGAUGACUGACUCGGAGUGGAGUUGCGAGCGAACGCGGAUGUGACCCGUUUGUGUGUCUGUGCUGGACUGCUACUGACCUUUUUUUUUCUUUAUUUGGUCUUCUAGAUCUAGUCACUUGCAUGCCUUAUGUAGUCAAUUAACUAUGUUCACUCACAAAAUACCAGUUGUUCAUAACAAAAGAUGGACAUUUUGUGAUGUUUAAAAAGUCUAUGCAGAAAUGUCAAAACCAGUUGAUUCCAAAAGGUCCUUUCUUUUUAUAACUAAUUAUUUAGGAUAGAUACGGUAUGUCCACUCACCUAAUGCAUGGAUGGUGAGAUUAACCGUAUUUUAUUAGCAUUCCAGCAAUUUUUAUGUUAAUUCAUGAAGCAAGAUGUGAAAGUUUGAUAUACUACUAUUUAACAGUAGGACUUUAUUAGUCUCCUCUUGCAGCCUGCUAAUUAUCAUGAAUCUUCAGUACAAAUUGCGUACAGUAUGCAAAUGAACCUGUUUAGUUACAGAGCCAAUUUAUUUAUUGCUCUCAGCAUGAUUUUAUUUUUUUGUGGUCUCAUGCCAGGCUUCUAGGGAUUUUUAUACAUUUGUCAUGUGGCUGGUGAGCACUAUUUUCAAUGGAAUGUACCAUAUUUAACCACAAGGUGGCAGUAUAUGCUAGUUUCUUUAAUCAGUGAGUGCCAAAUAAUACAUUUCAUGAUCGUGCAUGUUUUUUUUAAAAUUUUAUUUAACUAGGCAAGUCAGUUAAGAACAGAUUCUUAUUUACAAUGACAACCUACCCCGGAUAAACACAGACAACGUUGGGCGCCGCCCUUUGGGACUCCCAAUUGCGGCCGGUUGUGAUACAGCCUGUAUUCGAACUAGGGUGUCUGUAGUGACGCCUCUAGCACUGAGAUGCAGUGCCUUAGACCGCUGCACCACUCGGGAGCCCAAAUAAUGUGGCAUUCUUGUGCUCAAGAUUUCAAUUGCUUUUGUUCCCGCUAAUGGCUAAAUUGAAACUGUUUACAUUAGACCUGCAAUGUUAAAAUCAUUCACUUCCUUCAAAUUAUUUCAUAUUGAUUUUAUUCUUAAAUAUUAACAAUGUUACCACUAUUUUGACAAUUGUUUAUGGAAAACAGGAUGAGUGAAUGAAAGGUGAAUGAAAGCUGAAAGAGAAGGAUGAUUAAUUAUUUCUAUACUUAAUAAUUGAACUGUGCUUUGAGACAAACCGCAAUUGUGAUGUUUAAAAGCUAUUGCCAUAAUGUUGCCUUUGGUUAUCACACUCCCUCUCAUAAAUGUUCAAUGUUUAAACUGAUGUAAGAAUGCUUUUUGGGUCUGAAAUCAGAUCUUGGCAUGUGCAUAACUAAAAGUGUGUGUUUAUUAAAGAGAAAAUUAGUCUUUGAA